UAAUUUUGGUUUGGAAAGCUUGCAAUACUUGCAUUACUCUGCUAGAUUUUUUUCCAGUAUCAAUUAGCCAAUAGAUCUACAUUUUUUCAGAAGUCAAAGUUUUAAAAAUGCAAAAAUUUAACUAUUUGGCUGGAUUUAUUUUUCUAAAUUUAAUUAUUAUUGCAAAGGCUACUUCAAAUAAAAAAAGUAAGAACAAGAUUAAUGACAAACUGGAGAAACCUAUCGUUAAUGAAAAUCAGGUAGGCCUUCCAACAGAAGUCGUCAUAAUUGGAUCUGGAAUAGCAGGAUUAGCAGCUGCACGCAAGCUGUCUUCUGAUAGAAGUAACUUUACUGUAAAAGUCUAUGAAGCAAGGAAAGAUAGGUUUGGCGGUCGUGUAUGGACUGACAGACUUAAAAAUACUAAUGCUAAAGGUGUUGAAAUAGAUCUUGGAGGGUCUGCAUUCAAUGUUAUUGCUAAAAACAAUCCUCUCAUGGAGCUGGCUGAUAAUUUUGAGUUAAAAUCCACACCUAUAGAUAACAUGCAGUUCAUUGUGCCAUGGGAAGACAAACGUUAUAGUGGAGAUGAGCUUACUAAAAUAACACGGCAAGCUGCACAGAUUUUGAGCCAAGCUUUGAAUGAAUCUAAGUUAUCAAAACUUGAGAUAUCAGUAAAAGAUGCAGUUGACAGGGUUUUAAAUAAAGGAGAUAUAGCUAAGGCUGACAGCGUGGAAGCGCACCUUGCAAAGUGCUUACCGUCUUACAUACUUGGUGAUUAUUCUAUGCGGCAUUACAAUCCUGAACUUCUUGAUGUUGGUUUUGAAAAAGUUUUGCUAGAUGGCAUGGGGGAAUUGUUGGAUAGGUUGCUCAGUGGAUCUUUGGAAGAGCCUCCUCUUCAUCUCUACCUGAACAAGGUGGCUAGACAAAUCAAAAUCAACAAAGAAGACAAAAAGGUCUUAAUUAGAUUCCGUGAUGGCACUCAAAUCUCAGCUGAUGUUGUCAUAGUUGCUGUGCCGUCCACUGUUAUUGGUUCUGGAGAUUUGUUGUUUGAACCAAAACUCCCUAAAAAAUACCAGCUGGCGGCCAAAGAAAUCAGCAUGUCUGCUGGAAAUAAAGUGAUAGUUCAGUUUGAACGAGCCUUUUGGCCAGCCGAACAUGGUGUUUUUGUUCGUGCAGUUAGUAAGGAUGCUGAAAGGGGAAACCUGCAGACAUGGGUGAAUGUCCAUAAAAUUAUUGGCAAACCAUACCUUUCCAGUUUUCUAACUGGAACAGCUGCACAGGAGUUUGAAAAACUGACAGAUAAAGAGGCAAAAAAAUUAGUUUUGGCUGUGUUAACUGAGAUGUUUGGUGAAGAUAAAGUUCAACAGGGAGGGAAGAUUGUUGGGCUUCAGCGAUCUCAUUGGGUUGCAGAUGAGUGGUCAAAGGGGGCUAGCACAUACCCUAAAGUUGGCAGUGAUCCAAGUCUUUGGGAUGUGUUUGCACAGCCUUUGUGUCCUUACAUCUAUUUUGUUGGUGAGCACACAUCAUUUUCUGAGCAUGGAACUCUGCACGGUGCCUAUAACUCAGGUAUUCGAGCAGGAAAUCAAAUUCUUACUAGAACAUGUGAUGCUAUUAUGGAGGAGAAACGUCGAAAAGCAGAAGAAAGGCGCAAAAAGAAGGAGGCAAAGAAAAAUAAAACAGAAAAUAAGAAGGAAGUUGUCAGUGAUAAGGAUGAAAGUGAUGAGGAUGAAAAUGGUGAAGAAGAGAAUGUGGAGAGAAAAGAACAAUUAAAAAAAGAAAUCAAUGAUGAACUGUAAAAAGUAUAAAUUGUGAAAAGUAGGAAUUAUUGUGCCUACUAUACUACUAACUAUUCUUACUUCAACUUCCUUUGAAAUUUAAAUCAACUCUAAUUUACCGAUGGACAAAGUAAAAGUGAGGAAUAAUUAAAGUUGAAUUAAAAUGGGAAAGUUUGUAUUUAUGUAAUGCUGUAUACAUUCCACUUUGUUAUAUUUUACAACAUUGUUAAAUAUUGUUGAUGAUUUCAUUCUGUACAUAACAUUUUACAUUUUCUAUCAAUAUGAGGGAUAAAUAUUAUUACUUCAGGGAAUCUCGCUCAUUGAAUAAUCUCUACAUAAUUUUUUUUUAAAAGUACUUGUUCUUUGCCAAUUAGCCUACAAAUAAAUAUUAAAUUUUGAAACUGAUUUGUUGGAAAAACUGUUAAAUUACAUUACAUUUUCAUUUGCUUAAAUACAUUAAAAAGAUAUGUACUAUGCAUGUGCAGUUCAGUCCACCAUACAAAUGUAACUAUAUGAAAAUUAUGAAGUUUAAAAACUCUGUCAAAUAUAAAUAUUUGUUACUAUUUUGACAUAAAAAUACUUCAACCA